AUCACUGCUGCUGACCUCAAUAACCACUUCCGCCAUCCUAUCUACCCUCCUCCGUCACCCAAACAACUCACAGCCACUCAGUCGCUCUUCAACAGAUGCAAAACCAACUUAGAAUGGACCUACGCUGACUAUUCUGACAUCCCGGACAUAAAGUACAAGCGUUUGCACCAAAAAAGACUCGAUGCCUACGACCAGAUGGACCCCUACAACAAGACUGAGUACGACGAAAAUGUGGUGCAUUCCAAGAAAACGUUCGGAAUUAAACCAGAACUUCUUAACCCGUUGCCAGAAGUGCUCUUGUUGGGACACACCAAUGUGGGCAAGUCGUCUUUGAUCAACAACCUCCUCCUCACCAAGCUCGAAUCCAAGUCGAAGGGUGCUUUUACCGAACACGCAUAUGUGUCCAAAAGGGCAGGCUACACCAAAACCUUGAACUGCUUCAAUGUAGGUAACAAAUUCAGAUUGAUCGACAGUCCAGGAUACGGUGAGUUUGCCGACUUUGAGCAGGGUAAGUUCGUAUUGGAGUAUCUUGAGAAACGGGCAUUGUUAAGAAGAGUGUUCUUGUUGAUUGACAGCACCGAAGGAUUCAGAGAGGAAGAUAUCCAACUUGUCAACCAUUUGAUCGAACUCGGAGUUCCAUUCGAGGUCGUGUUCACCAAGGUAGAUGUGGUGGUGUCCAAAUCCAUGCCCAAAAAGAACCCAGACCCAGAACUGAUCCGGUUGGGAAAUAGAAAAGUUAUAGAGUAUUUUGAAAGAAUUAUUGAUGAGGUACAAUUGAGAGAUUUGGUGACCUUACCGAGAUUGUUGUUCAACAACACCAGCGUCAACAAAUACGUGAGCAUGAGAUAUGGCUACAAAGAGUUGAGAUGUGUGAUGCUUGAGAGCUGUGGACUUAUC